UGUGACUUUUGUCGACAAAAGAAACUAAAGUAUUGCAUACAGUCGAGCACAGCAUGAAAGCGUAUUCGAUUCUGCUGACCAACUCAAAGAUGUUCCCGAGAUUUGCCGAAAUGCAGCACCUGCAAGCCAUGGCCUGGAAUCUGCCAUUACUCGCGAGACAGGUCUCCUAACCGCGCGGCCAUUGAUGCCAGGAGCCGAGAAAUAGACAUCGGUAAUAUUGAGGAGCGCCUGCAUCGCCUCGAACAGACAGUGCAGGCCUUAGCGGACACCAUCAAUCGAGCAUUGCAGACAACCCACCGAUCAGCAUUCGAGAGUGAUGAUGAUCCCAGAGCAACAGUUCCUAGUGCGACAGUUGCUCACGCAAGAAAGGAUCCAGGUUCCGGGCUUUAUAUUGGCCAGUCUCAUUCGUUUUCCUUUUUAAGGGACAUGUCAGCAAACAUUGAGGCAGUCCCCCAACAGGUAAGUGAUGACACUCGGCGGAGUGCCUACUCGGGACUUCAGUAUCUCGCCACCAAUUUGAGAACGGCAAAUGCCACUCUACGCACCCAGCAAGACCACGCAAAGUUCUACGUGCCAUCCAAGGCCAUAGGAUAUCGUCUGAUCAGCCAAUUUUUGGAGCAGAUUGAGCUGGGCGAACCAUUUCUUAGCACCCCUCCGGAUGAACAUUUAGGACAGGUUGUAUUUGAACCACACAAGGUGCGAGAUAUGGGAUGGAUAAUAUCUUUCAACUACAUGCUUCUUUCCAUUGUAUCAGACGUGCAUGAGAAGGCCGAUGAGAAAGAAAAUUUUCGGCGGAACGUGCAACUGGCUCUCAACGAUAGCAGUAUUUUCCUCGAACCGCGUGAAGCGAACAUUAAAGCAUUUGUCCUGCUAGCCAUGCAUGGAGAGGAAUAUGCCGCGCCCAACAUUUCCUGGAUGCUGUUAGGACAUGCCUGUCGACAGGCCGAGGCUCUGGGACUCCACGUCUUAGCUCUCCAUUUCGCUGUGGCUCAUCAACAACAUCGGCUGUGUCUUUUCUGGCUUUUGUUUAUGAUGGACAAGGCCUGUGCUCUUGCAUUUGGCCGCCCUGCCUUUCUACCCACGGCCGUGUAUGAUCAGGUUCCGCUGCCCGACAAUGAUUCGUUGCUGAAAUUCCACCCGCAUGAUCGUGCAGCGUUUGGGAACACCCAGGUAAACCCACCGAUUUCCACAUUUGGCUGUCAUUUUCUCCGCAAGUCGUUCGAAUUGUCCAAGCUCAUGGGUGUUAUCCUGGACGUCCUUGUGACCGGAGCAUCAUCGGAGACGAAGUGCGAGAUCCGCAUGAAACUGGACGCAUGGCAUACAGACACUGCCCAGAUCCUAACCCAAACCAUAGACACGGAGAGUUUGUUCGCUGCUCCAAAACACCUCCGUGAAAUGGCUCUAGGAGUCAAUAGUUUGAAAUUUCAGUACCUGCACGUUCGGGUGCUUCUUCUGAAGGGAGAAGAGUUCUCAGCGCUUCGGCUAUCGUCUGCCCGCGAAGCCAUAUCCUUAUUACCAACCAUGGUAUCGAAUUGGAGCUCUGUAUACAAUGGCGUAGUUUGGCAACUGCUGUAUUUCCCCUUUACGCCAUUCUUCGUCAUAUUCGAGAACAUUAUCCAGCAUCGCGGUCCUUCUACGGAUACUAUCCAGCAGGACCUAACGCUGUUAUGUUCCACCGUGACUUAUUUCGCUGAAAUGAGAUCGCAAAUGCAUCUGCUGGCUCCUGUAUGCUCGAGGUUGCAGUCUGUCGCGGAUGCAUGUAUGCGCCUUGCACAAUUGCAUAUUUCAAAUUGUGCAUCGGAUAGUACUAGCGAUGAUAGGUCAUCACAAGGACCAGGGGCGGCACAUUCUGUUAGACUCGCAGAGCAAACUGAUCAUCCAAGCGAGACUCACGAGGCUUUUCCCAGCAUCGAUGCAGGAGAUCUAGACAUCGCCAACUAUCUCGACUGGCUGCCUGCUGACAUGGACCUAAAUGCUGUAUUGCCCUUAUCCGAGAACGAGAGGGGAAACAGUGCAAACCGACGGACUUUGGCUAGUAUAUUUGAUUGGUUCUCCUGGGACGCUUACUACGCGGGCAUUGAGACCUGACAGUACUCUUUCGAUGGAUGAUUUCAUGAAUUCAUAACCAAGUCCAGAUAAUGAUGAUAAACCAACUCUUGACCUCUAUCUCCCUAU